ACUUCAACUUCCAGUAGACGUUUCUCAGCUCAUACGUUUGGAUGUGAUACUGCGUCUAGUCUCAGUUAACUAUAUUAUAGGCGUCUUGGAGCUCAUUUGUGUGCAAAAAAUGGAUACAAGAAGAUUAACGCAAUAUGUAAUCUGCGUAUGUGUGAUACUAACAACGGUGACUUUAGCACAAGGUCAGAUAAAGCGCUGCUUUGCGUGCAGGUCUCGAGGUGCACUUGGAGACUGCAAAGAUCCUUUUAGAUUUAACUCAACACAUCUGGUGCCUGGAGUAAAAGACGAGCCAUGUGCCUCGGGUUGGUGUUCUAAGAGGAUUGAAGGAAAGAAAGAUGGAAAAGAUCAUGAUCUUGCAAUUGAACGACAGUGUCUCCAGCGGUCUCCACCAGACGAUAAAGAAAGAUGUUCAGAAGCUUUAGUUGGUCAUAGAAAGAUAUUUAUAUGUUUUUGCUAUGGAGAUUUGUGCAACUCUGCUUCAGGAAUCAAGCCUUCCUUUUUGUUGCUGUUCAUACCUCUAGCAUUUCAGAUGCUAUCUAGUCGGUUCUGACAUGGUGCUUUGGAUAUCUGAACUGUUGCUUGUUGACAUUUAUAGGAGUUUUAUGUAAAAGUUGUUUAAAUAUUUUUGCAUUGUCAUAGGUUCUUGACAGAAAUCUCUUGAGUUAAGGAAUGUCCUUUCCUUGUUUAUUAUUUCUGACUUAUCAAUAUUCAAAAUGUAUAAUAAUUAAAGGAAAGAGAAAUAUGGUGAUGACUUGCCAAAAAAGUAUACUGCAUUUUGAUUUGAAUAGUAAAUAUGAUUAUAUUUAUUGUUGAUAUAGUCUUUUGUUGAUAGUGUAUAAAAUGAGGACAAUUUAACAUUAUCUGUAAAGGAUACACAAACAUAUAAACUAAAGGCUAGUAAUUGUGUAUGUAUAUAUUUUCUUGCACAUUUAGGAUUAAUAUAUAUUUUAAUACUCAAACUGGUAGAUAAUAUAUCUAUAUUCCAUUGAAUUUCAUAAUCAUUUUGACUGCUUGGUAUUGGUGUCCAUUACAUUUUUAUGUUUUACUUGACAUGUCACAGUAUGUGGAAACAUAUAUGAAUUCACCUGUGCCUAAGAUAAACGUGGUACACUUGCGUUUUAGAUAGCCAUAUACAAUUGCUUGACACACAGUAUUAGGGUACAAUGUCUGUAAUACUUAAAUACUGUAGCAAUGCAUUUCCAUAUUUUAAUAAAAAGGUUAUUACUAAAAUUUGA